UAAAAAAAAAAUCUGGGAAAUAGGUUGGAGCGUUCCCGGGGGGUGUGUCGGGAGCGAGCGCGCAUGUGAGGCGGUGCGGGGCGGGAGGCGCCGAGCCCGCCUCGUCCUCCCUUUCUCUCAGCAUCCUCCGCGAUGCCAUCCUGGAGGUGAUACAGGCUCCGAGCAUCCAUGGCCUGCCCGUAGCGCCGCGCUGCCGCCGCCUCCUGCCGCCGCCGAGCCUCCCCUGCUGACCGCCAUCGUCUUCUCCUGUGUUUUUCCAGGCUCCUCGGAAAUUGAGGAAUGCAAUUCUGCCACCAUGAUGGAAGGAUUGAAAAAACGUACCAGGAAGGCCUUUGGCAUACGCAAGAAAGAAAAGGACACUGAUUCCACAGGGUCACCGGACAGGGAUGGAAUCCAGCCCAGCCCUCAUCCCAAUGAUCCACCCGCCAAUAGCAAACCCGAGAGCGCGCGGGAAGGAGGAAAUAAAAACGGGAAGAAAACCAAUGGAGCCCCGAACGGAUUUUACGCGGAGAUCGACUGGGAUCGAUACGUGAGUGCCCCGUGGAGCUUCCCCCGAGGAAUCCCGAGCUGUUCCCACCCUGAUCUGGGGAUUUUGGG